AUCCUAACGCUCAGUCGUCUAAAGCCUAAAUCACAGCCGCCUCUCCAGCGCCGCUCCAGCCUCCGGUCCCAGGUAUCUCUCUCUUUUUCUUUCACAACACUGGCAAUCUCACGACGACACGACGCUCACACGAUUUGGAAUCCUAUGAGAUCCAAAUCCGAUUUUUAGCUCCACAAAAAUCAUGUCAAUCAAACACCCAAAGAAUCCGACCCGGUCCGCUUCUAGAAUCCCUAGGACCAAUUAACAGUUGACAACUGGCUAAAAGGAAAUGCAACCACGUAAUCAACAAACAUCGGAAAUAUCGGUUUGUUUACCAUUCAAGAAUCAAAACUCGACCGCCCCUGUUCUGAGUCUCCCUCUGUGAUGCACCGGAGUUUCAACUUUCAACUCUCAUGGCGGCUUCAAUCGUACGGUCCCCGACAAACCCUCUAUCGCGCCACGUCACAUCCAAAUCGCGGGCCUCCGAACAAAGACCGAAAGCCAGCGUCAUAGUUCACGUUCCUUACAAGAAACUCCGUCGUCAUUUCCCCGUUCUGGCCUCUCUUCAUGGAGACGACGACAACAACAACAACAACAAUGAAGGGAACGCUCAGGCCCUCCAAUUGCACAGGCUCCUAGAUGACUCUCAAUACGAUGUCGUCUCCAAGGAUCCCAAUAUGCUUCCACGACCUUUAUCUUCAAGCCAGUUUUCUGAUUCAAUAUCCCAUGGGUCCUGCCUUCGCGUUGCGUAUCAGGGGGUUCGUGGCGCGUACAGUGAGUCUGCUGCGGAGAAGGCGUACCCGAAUUGCGAAGCAGUGCCUUGCGAGCAAUUCGACACCGCUUUUGAAGCCGUUGAAAGGUGGCUUGUGGACAGAGCAGUUUUACCGAUUGAGAAUUCUUUAGGUGGGAGCAUCCACAGAAAUUAUGACCUUUUACUCCGCCACAGUUUGCAUAUAGUAGGUGAAGUUAAAUUUGCAGUUCGGCAUUGUUUGAUGGCUAAUCAUGGUGUUAAACUUGAAGAGCUGAAAAGGGUUCUUAGCCAUCCCCAGGCUCUUGCUCAGUGUGAACACACAUUAAUGAGGUUGGGAUUGGUUAGAGAAGCAGUUGAUGACACUGCUGGAGCUGCAAAGCAUGUUGCAUUCCACAAACUAAAAGACACAGGAGCAGUGGCUAGCUCUACUGCUGCAAUGAUCUAUGGGUUGAAUAUACUUGCUCAAGAUAUUCAGGAUGAUUGUGAUAAUGUUACCCGAUUCCUAAUGCUCGCCAGGGAACCCAUUAUUCCAGGCAUAGAUAGGCCAUUCAAGACAAGUAUAGUUUUCUCACUGGAGGAGGGUCCUGGAGUACUUUGCAAGGCACUUGCUGUGUUUGCUCUGCGGAAAAUCAACCUUAUAAAGAUUGAAAGCCGUCCCUUGCGGAAGCAGCUCUUGGGAGUGACAGAUGAUAAUAACAAUGGGUUUCCAAAAUACUUUGACUAUCUUUUCUAUGUGGACUUCGAAGCAUCAAUGGCUGACCCGAAUGCACAGAAUGCCCUAAGGAAUCUAAAAGAGUUUGCUACAUUCUUGCGAGUGCUAGGGAGUUAUCCUGUGGAUACCAGCAUGAUAUGAAUGAACUUUAAAUGUGCAUAGCAAAGUGCUCAAUUCUUCCUCCUACAACCAUAACAACUCAUGUUGAUCAAUUUUCAGAGAUUUAUUCAUAAACACACGGUGAAUAAUUCGUAAACAAUCAUUUUAGAAUACAUGUUGUGUCUUAAGUUAUAACUACAAAAUUCUAACGAACAAAUGAACAUGCCAUUGCACCAGUUUUGAUACAGCAAAUGGAGAGGUUUCAUGGUGCAUAGAGCGUAUUGGUGAAGUAGUUUCAACUAUGGUUCUAAACUGGGAAUAAAAUUGGAGUAGAUAUAUGAGAACCAAAGACUGGUGAAACAAUUAGAGCAAGGAAUGUGUGGAAUGUAGAUCAGUGAAAGGAGUUGAAAUUAAUUACUAGCUGAGAUUGAUGGUAGAAGAUGGUUAGAAGGGAUUUUUUUUUGUUUUUUUGUCUUUAAUAAAAAUGUUUUUUUUUUUGAUUGAAAGUCUACUUUCACUUCAAGGAAAAACUUCUCUGUUCAUGAUCAAGGUGUUUGAACUAGAGGGCAUUAGAAUUUUAGGAGAGCAUU